GAAAAACUUUUAUGAUGGACACGAAGCCUUUAACUAACACAUGAUAUUGCCAGCCUGCUUUAAGUAUUCAAAAAAUGAAAACGACAGCAGCGCGCUCAUGUCCUCUUGCAUUGUGUUCAAAAUACAACAAAAAUGUAGACAUUACUUUAAUCGUGAACUAGAAGUCAAUCAAGUAACGCUGUUGCAUUUAUAGUAUUAGUGUAAAAUGAAACGUUAUGUGUUAUCCAGCACAACUUUUUAGCGUGUUUUUUUUACUUUCUUUAUUAAUUUUAUAUAGCAAUGCUGCCGAUUACACAUAUGAAAUUGACUGUAAUAAUUUACGAAUGGGACAAUACAUCUGCCCUCAUCCCGAUUAUGAUUUCAUAGAUCAAAAAACUCAACAACCUAAAGGGUGUACGAAAGAAAAUAAAGCCAGGGUGUUGUGUCUAGCUGCUGAUGGCCUUAUUUGUACAGAAACGAGGAAUAAUACUUUUAAAAAGGAUAUACCUUGUAAAUGGACGUAUGUAUAUGUUAAUGGAUAUUCCUUUGAGACAACUUUACUGUUGUCUAUAUUUUUGGGUAUGUUUGGUGCAGAUCGAUUUUAUCUUGGAUAUCCAGCACUUGGAUUGUUGAAAUUAAGUACUUUGGGUUUUCUCUUCCUGGGUCAAUUCGCAGAUGUAAUACUAAUAGCAACACAGAUUGUUGGACCAGCGGAUGGUUCACAUUAUAUUAUGCCAUAUUAUGGUGCCGGAAUUAAUAUUGUCACAAGUAAUAACUUCACUUACAGAGUGCCACAAUAUGAUAGCUAAAAGAACAAUUGCAGCACAGAAAUAAUAAUUAUUUUAAGAAAUUGUGUAGCUUUUGCUUCUGUCACGAGCAACGAUGUACAAUCCUACAUAUGAGUCCUAUUCUAAUAUAUUUUGAUGUAUUAUUCUCUAUAUAAUGCUAUAAUAAGUCUUAUAAAAAGAAAGCUGUCUUGUAGAUAUGUUUUUCAAUGAAAUAUUGUAUAUAAA